AUGGACGAGGCGAAGAGCAAAGAAGCAGACGUGAAGGGAGAAGGAGGGGAGGUGAGAGAGGGAUCAGGGCAAGAAAGCGAGGACGAGGACGAGGACGAGGACGAGGAUGAGGACGAGACAGAUCGUAGAGAAGAACCAAAGAAGACCGCUUCCCAUGUCACCAUCGCACCUGGUACCGAGUUUGCUACCCGGCAGGGCUCCAGCAAGAGCGAUCAUACUGCUCUGAGGCCUCUCACCAGCCAGACGUCCACCAGUGCGGCCUCCAUGUUCAGCCUACCCGAGGAGGAGGAAUGGAAGCCUGGCUCUGAACCCCUCAAGUGGACAGACCCCAACUACAAGGCCACCAAGUACGCCAUGGCAGGGAUACACCACAACAACAACAAGGAUUUCAUCAAGCCUGAGGGCUGGUGGUGGAGCGCCGAGGAAGCGAUGAAAGUGCUGCAGGCGGAAAGGAAGGGGCUGAAAGGAAUGGGAGGGCAACAGAGCAGAGUUGUCAAGGGGCUGCUUGAAGCAAACAGGUUCCUCUCCAGAAGUUUCGUCAGUAUCUCCGAGAGGUUUGCGGAUAAGAAAGAUCAGGAGGAGCUGCAGCCCAUCUCUCACGUCUUGCCGCCAGACGUGCAGCGACAGCUGCAUGCCAAGACCUGCCAGGCAGCGAAGAAGGGAGACAUCGAGAUCAUGAGCUCCCUCCUCCGGUUCGAGGUUGACGUGGACUUGUCUGAUAGUUUCGGGACUCCGUUGCAUUACGCUGCUGCCUUCGGUCAAGUAGAAAUAACCAACAUGCUCUUGACUCCUCUCCACCUUGCUGUUGGCAACAAUCACAGAUUCGUCGCGGACCUGCUCAUCAGGUAUGGUGCUCCCUUGAACGCGCGAGACGUUGGUGGAACGUCACCCAUCCAUGUCGCGUCCUCUCGGGGAUACGCAGAAGCUGUGGACGCACUAAUAGCAGGAGGAGCAGAUUGCAACAGGACCAACAUGAUCGGCUGGACUCCUUUGCACAUGGCGGCGAUGGGAGGUCACCACGAGGUUUUAGAGAAGAUGUGCGUGUCUGCGCUUGCAAACCCCAACAUCGGUUGCACUGCAAACGCGGAGAGCGAGCUGGAGGGUCAGCAGAGGCUGGAGACGCGGAAAGGAGACACGCCGUUGCAUCUUGCCGGGCGACUGUCAUGCGCCGAAUGUGCGAGGAUCCUGUUGAGAAACGGAGCUGACGCCUACGCUGCUAACGACGACGGGGACACGGCACUGCACGUGUGCGUGAGAGCGAAGAGCGUGAAACUAACAGAAAUCCUGGUGGAAGAGGACUGCCAUGUUGUGAACGAGAAGAACCAAGCGAGAGAGACUCCCCUGGACGUCUGCGAUCAGAUUCUUUUCAUGAGCAGUGGAAACUCUGAGUCAGAUGUCGAAAUCCGGCAACUCAUGUCAGAUAUCAAGCUUGUCCUCCGAUCAGCCGCUCUCAAGGCCAAGACUGUCAGUCGCAAAGAGUGGAAAGAGGAGGAAGAGAGCGAGGAUGAUUCUUCUGACGAUGACGAAGUGAUCAAGAUAGAGGAUCAAACAACUCUGGCAGAUGAAGCGAAUGCCCGGGAGCAGCUUGUCUCGAUGCAGAAGGAGCUGGAAGCCGCAAGGGCUGAGGUCAAAGCGACGCAGGAGCAGAGCAAGACGAAGACCUACACGUUGAACGAGACUGUGAUCGACCUCAAACGCCGCUUGGCCGAAACUGAAUUCAUUCUAGAGAGAGAGAGGGAGACCCGAAAGGAACUAGAAAAGGAGAUUGCUGACCUUUUGGAUCUGAGAGAAGAUGAGCGGUAG